GAAGUUGUUUUGGAGUUAUGCGCCAAAGGACUCGCCUGUCCUCCAGGCAUGCAUCCAGAUACAGCAUAAAACGGGGAGGUGAUGGGCGUGUACACUGGGCGAGAAAACUGGAAUAAGCUACUAGCCAAGUGGACAUCUUGUAGCAACCGGAAGGAGUGUGGAGUGUGGCAAGUAGCAUUGCUGUGUCUCUCAGACUUCUGCAUGAGGUCAUAGGAGGAGCUGUCCAGUAUCUAUUCUCACAUUGAAGGAAUAAGUAAUCAUUCAGACCAUGGGAGUUGCAAACUCGAGAGACUAUCAUCCGACAGUUAUUGUUGUGCUGAAAAGACGUAAUGAGCCCCUGAAGAAAGACAAACCUAAAUGGAAAAGUGACUAUCCUAUGACCGAGGGCCAGCUGCGCAGUAAAAGAGAUGAAUUCUGGGACACUGCCCCGGCCUUUGAUGGGCGUAAGGAGAUAUGGGAUGCAUUGAAAGCUGCAGCUGUAGCGAUGGAGUGUAAUGAUCACGAGCUAGCACAAGCUAUUGUAGAUGGAGCCAGCAUCACAAUGCCUCAUGGGUCCCUUAUGGAGUGCUAUGAUGAACUGGGGAACCGCUAUCAGCUCCCAGCAUAUUGCCUGGCUCCUCCUGCCAACCUGGUCUCCGAGUGCAAUGAUCAUAAUGUAUCUGAACACCCCGAGCCACAGGAGAAGAAGGAGUUCCAGCUGAAGGUGCGUCUUUCCACCGGAAAAGACCUUCAUCUUAGUGCCACCAUGGCUGAUUCCAUCCGUAAGCUAAAGAAGCAGCUUCAAAUUCAGGAAGACAUCAAUGCCGCCAGCCAGCGCUGGUUUUUCUCUGGUAAACUUCUCACAGAUAAAACACGUUUACAGGACACCAAGAUCCAGAAGGACUUUGUAAUACAGGUCCUUGUCAGUCAGCCGAUUGUUCCCAACUAAGCACUCAGAACCCAGGACCAUGAACUGACAAAACCAACAGACAGUUUCUCUCUUCAUAUGUUUCCAUUUUUGAAACCUUUCCAAAUCACCCCUUUUUCACAGCUUAUGUAACUCCUCAUUGGAAACCCACUUAUCAGGUCUGAGUUUCAAUGCUUGUUCUUCCCAAACUUGAAGAAUAAACAUUCCUACUAGAAGCCUCUGCUUUUAAAACUUGAAAGGAACUGAGAAGGCAAAACGGAUACAUGCAGAUAAAAAGCAGAAUAAAGUGAAUGUAAUGUUUACCGUAUGCUUAACAAUACCAAGUUGUAGCAUAACAUAAUUUUGAUGCCUUGCCUUUUUGGUCUAAUAUUCCAAAAUUAUGUUGUGUGGAUAUUCCUUUCAAUGGUCCUCUAAGGUAUCAUUUAACAUAAUCCAUGAUACAGUCUGACCUUCAUUGUUGAAUAGGAACAGCGUGCAGUGUAAAAUAGAUGUCAAUCUUCACUGUGAAUUUCAAUAACACAGGUGUUUUUAUUUUAAAUCUUCAAUAAGACUAUUUAAAUGGUUAUUGAAUCAAGUCACAAGGUUAUCGACUGCUCUGAGAUAUCAGAAUCUUUCUGUUAUUGGUAUGUAUCUGUGCUUUCAACAGGAACAUUUUGAUGUCCUGAACGAACUGGUCCUGUGUCAAGAUUGUGCAUUGCCAGUUAUAAUUAUGCAUAUUAAUAUACUUUGUAUACAAGAAUAUGUUUACAUACAGCCAAUUGUUUGUAGCUAUGCUUGUAUAGAGGUUUGUACAGUAAUUUAUUAUAGCCUAAACAGUUUAUUUUCUUAUUUCUAAUUGGAAUAAUUUUGAAAUCAAUAAAAAGCUAUAGUUUUAAAAGGGUUGUAAUUGCAGUAAAUUGGCAGAAACAAAACAUUGUUGCUAUAAAAAGCUGUUUGUGGCCUAGGUCUAAAUUUAAAUAGUUUUGCAAAUUGUAAGAAUUAAAUUCAAUAAGUUCAUUAAGAAACAGACUUGAAGCUAAGGAAUGAAAACAACCUAAUUUCACUGUCAACAUUUUACUGUUUUUUACUAAAUUUGACUGAUUUAGAUUUUUUUUGUGACUGAUAAUUUGGGGGAAAUUUGGUCAGUUGCAAAAACAUUUUUGUACUUUUGUAUUGCAAAGGAUUGGAUAGUUUAUCUCACAAAUUGGCUUAAUGGAAUGUUCCGGGUUCAAUACAAGUUAAGCUCUAUCAACAGCUUGUUGAUUACCACAGAGAUGCUUUUAUUGAAUAUUUUUCCUAGAAUAUCUGAUGGGAUGAAAUGGAAUGGAAAAGCAUAAUCCAAAAUAUAGUAGUAUAAGUAUCAGUGCAUAUACCAGUAUUUGUAACAUCAUCUAUUGAUGAG